GCAUUUGAAAGACGUUGGUGCUUUUGCUUCAUGUUACUACUAUACGGUGUAAUGUUCUUCAAGCUGACGUGAUGGCAUCACUGAGUCACCUAGUGGCAAGUAUCUCGAGGCCAUCUCGAGCUUCAUCGGUCUGGCUGACUAGCUCACCUCAUGGCAGCACCAAACUGGCCCUUACUGUAGACAUUCGAGCGCCGAUUGAAUAUCAAUUCUUUGUUGACUCCCCCGCAUCAGAAAGACGACUACAGCUAAUCUACCUUCGAAGCUCACCAUCAUCAUGUCUGGAAUAUCCGUAAUCCAAACACACCUUUCAGAGAAACUGCGUCUUUUGGAUGAGCUUGGCUACUCAGACCUUGGCAUGUCCUACAAGUACGUUGGGGUUCAUAGUAACAAGGAUAGCCGCCACUCCGAGACGCAUGAAGACAUGCGUAUCCUCGAUGUCAUUGCAGUUUGUUUAACCACUGGAAAACCUGGCGACGUUGUUGCUGCUGCAUUCGACAAGCGCGAGCAUCUCAGUCUCGUUCUAGCAAAGAACGGAGAUGUCCUCCCUGCAGACUAUGCGGCUGCACAGACAUUCUUUUCGGACUUGGCGGCGGCCACGGGUUGGACAGACCUCCUCCCGUUCCUAGCUAGGCACGGCAAGGAAAACUUGGACAAGCGAAUCAGGAAUCUACAUGAAUCCAUUACACAUUUCCUUGACGACUUACAGUCGGCAAUUGAGAAGUACCCAUUCGGGGCGGUGGAGAAGGAGUUUCCCCAGUCACGUCGUUAUUUCGAAGUCAGAUAUCCAGAUAGGCAACCGACAGUCGAUCGCAUACUCAACGACCUUAUCCGUACAUGCAUAGAUGAAUCCGCAUUCGAAAUACAAGAUGAGAAGACAUCGUACAUCCGUUUUGUUCAACUUAUCCUUUCCGCCACCAUUCUACAGCGCUCUCUUUUUUUACGCGAGCUCACCAGUAAUAGUCGCUACCUGGCGAUCAAAUGUCGUGCAGAGAGACUGGAGCGACGUCUGGGCAAGGUUUGUCAAUACAUGAGAAUCGGGGGUCUUAUAAAGAGGGUGAGGCGAUUGCCCAGUAUUCCGAUUCGUUGGGUUGCGGACACGUUCACCGAAAUGGGAGAGGGAAGGUUUGAGCUUUGCGAGGACCCGAUGGAGGCUGUGGAACGGGUACAGGAAGGUGAGCUGACAUGGGAUAUCGACACCAUCAGUAAACAUUAUCCUCGCUUGAGGGAGAACUGGGCGCGGCAGCGAAUCAUCAAUACAUGCAUUCACGCCGAAAUUCGUAUUAUUCUUCACCUCGGCCGAUCAAUGCUAUCGGGAUCGCGCACGGAUUUCCGGGAAGCACAACAGCCAAUUGGUUGCAGCAAACGGAGCUGCCUCUGUUGCACAUUGUGGAUCAACGCUUUCAAUGACAACACUGGUAUGUUGUGGAAGACAAGCGGAUCUCAUGGCAAGCCGUAUGACGACUGGGCACUUCCUGGCACUGCAGCCGAGAUGGAAGGGGUUAAGGGCGACUUGGUUAAUCAACGCGUCAUCAAGGAUGUUGACGAUCGGCUGACAGACCAGCUGGAUUGGGUGAUGAGGGUGAAUGUGAAGAGGACCUCCGAUGAGUUUGCUUCCAGUAGCUCUCAGUCGGACGCCUCUCAAGAUUCCGACGUGAAAUUACUUUAUAACUUUGUCACUCGUGCGAGAGGUGCUCGUUCUAAAUCCUAAUAUCCGUCCUGAUGUACAUUAUGGAGUGUUUGAACAAAUUUUCUUGCAUAUCUGCAAUGACAGUCUGAUGUUUCUCCAGCUCCUCCACGAGAGACUCACAUUUGGAAACUUCACGUACAAGUGAGCUCCUAUGUGAUUGGCUGUUUUCCAGCUCAGCACGGAGUUGGGCGAGCUCGGCCUGAAGGCUAUCUCAUUCCUCGUUAGAUACGCUAAGCUUUUUCUGGACGUUGGUGAUAACUUUCAAGACCAGUCUUCUCAGCUAAAGCAAUCUCCUGCUUCGCAUGCGUGUCUUCGCCGCGAGUGACUGCGAACUGAUCCGAAGCAGCCUUGUAACAGGCAACUUCCUCCAGCGUUGUUCUUCUAAGGUCUUUUUAGCGAGAGCAUCGGCAGCUUCAGCUGCUCUGCGUUCAAAGUCCUCUGCGAGAGCUUCGACUUGAGCAUAGUCGCUUGCUAGACCAUGGCGACGCUCGGAUGCUCGAUCUCUGUAGUUGCUC